CAUUUUCAAGCUUGCAUCUUCAAACAUCAACGAAGGAAAAUUGGAAAUGUUCAGUCCUUGUUCAGGUCACUGCAUUUCUCUACCAAACCAACACUUACAAUUGUUAUCUACAAAGCUUCUCCAUGGCUUCGACAAAAAUCUUCAGUUUCUUCAACCCCAGAAGAAAACUCGACAGUUUUCUUCUUUUCUGAAUUAUAAUUAUAACGGGGGAGGCAGGACGAACUCAACGAGUCGGCGAAAGGUGUUUGGAGAGACAGAGAGUGGAAGUAUUGAAGAGGGUUAUAAUUCGGUAGAAGACAAGCAAUUCGUCAAGUGGUUUCGUGAGGCAUGGCCUUACUUGUGGGCUCAUAGGGGUAGUACUUUUGUUGUAAUUAUUUCUGGUGAAACUGUUUCUAGUCCUUUCUUGGAUUCCAUUUUGAAGGAUAUUGCAUUUUUACAUCACCUGGGGAUUAAGUUUGUGUUAGUCCCGGGAACUCAUGUCCAAAUUAACAACCUUUUGGCAGAGAGAGGGCAUGAGCCUAAGCAUGUUGGUCAAUACAGAAUUACUGAUUCUGAAGCCUUGGAGGCCUCAAUGGAGGCUGCAGGGAAGAUUCGUAUGAUGAUAGAGGCCAAGCUUUCUCCUGGACCUUCCAUAUGCAAUAUUCGUCGACAUGGUGACAGUAGUCGUUGGCAUGAUGUGGGUGUCAGUGUUGCUAGUGGUAAUUUUCUUGCAGCCAAGAGAAGAGGAGUUGUUGACGGGGUUGAUUUUGGAGCAACCGGUGAAGUAAAGAAAGUAGAUGUUACUCGUAUGCGCGAAAGGCUUGAUGGUGGUUGUAUAGUUGUGUUAAGUAACUUGGGUUAUUCCAGCUCUGGAGAAGUCUUAAAUUGCAACACAUACGAAGUUGCUACAGCUUGUGCCUUGGCUAUUGGGGCAGAUAAGCUUAUUUGCAUCAUAGAUGGUCCAAUUUUGGAUGAGAGUGGACAUCUUAUUCGUUUCUUGACUCUGGAAGAAGCAGACAUGUUGAUUCGUAAGCGGGCUAAGCAAAGUGAGAUAGCUGCUCAUUAUGUCAAAGCUGUUGGUGAUGAAGAUCUCACUUUUCUUGAACACAAUGAGUCUAUUGGAAUUCUUGCGUCAUCGCUGAAUGGAAAGGCUCUCAGUGGAAGGCACAGCGCAACCUUUCACAAUGGUGUUGGGUUUGACAAUGGAAAUGGACUAUGGUCUGGGGAACAAGGUUUUGCUAUUGGAGGUGAAGAGCGACAAAGUCGACUAAAUGGUUAUCUUUCAGAAUUGGCUGCUGCAGCUUUUGUUUGCAAAGGUGGUGUUCAAAGAGUACAUCUUUUAGAUGGCACAAUUAGUGGAGUUCUGCUGCUAGAACUGUUUAAAAGAGAUGGAAUGGGGACAAUGGUGGCUAGUGAUCUUUAUGAAGGAACUAGGAUGGCUAGAGUGACAGAUCUUGCAGGAAUCAGACAAAUUAUACAACCUUUAGAAGAAUCUGGCACAUUGGUUCGGAGGACUGAUGAAGAGCUGCUUAAGGCAUUGUAUGCCUAUGUUGUUGUGGAAAGAGAAGGUCAAAUCAUUGCUUGUGCUGCUCUUUUUCCUUUCUUUGAGGAGAAGUGUGGAGAGGUUGCUGCCAUUGCAGUUUCUCCUGAAUGCCGGGGACAAGGGCAGGGGGAUAAAUUACUUGAUUUCAUUGAGAGGAGGGCCUCUUCCCUUGGUUUGGAAACACUUUUCCUGCUUACAACCCGUACCGCAGAUUGGUUCAACAGACGCGGCUUCUCCGAGUGUUCCAUUCAAUUGAUACCAGAGGAAAGAAGGAAGAAGAUCAAUCUAUCUCGUAAUUCUAAGUAUUACACAAAGAAAUUACUACCUGAUACUAGUGGAAUUAGUGUUAAUAGAGCAUUCAGUUAAGGUUUUACUGCAGCAUGGCAUGGUACGGCUGACCUCAUCAUGAACCGGUGAAGCCACUUCCGAAUUUAUCUGUUCUUAAUUCGCUGUAGUUCUGAGCAUGGUAUGUAACAGUUUAAGGCACAUGGAAAACCUUAAAUUGUAUUUCAGAAUCUCACGAGGCUUGUACUUCAUAUAUCUAUGUAAAGUUCGUUUUUGUCCAUCAGAAACUCCAAUUGACCAUCUUGACAUACACCUAAAGGCAAGUUCGAUAUUUUUCUAACAUGUUCCAAGAAAUGUAACAAAUUUUUGAUAUUGCAACAAAAAGUGCGACAUCCA